AUGAGUCGUCUAGUCCAGGAACGGCACACGGAGCCACAAAAGUCCGGUUCGGAUGGGAUGGAAAGAAUACGGCUUAAUAUUGGCGGCCAGAAACAUGAAACGUACUUCAGUACUGUAAGGAAUCUACCAGAUACGCGACUGUUCUCCAUCAUCGAAAGUGCGGUGAAGUCGCCGGAUUAUGAUCCGGAAACUACAGAGGUUUUUUUCGACCGUCAUCCGGCCGUGUUUGCUCAAGUAUUGAACUACUACAGGACCGGAAAACUGCAUUGUCCCACCGACGUAUGUGGACCGUUAUUCGAGCAAGAGCUCAACUAUUGGGGAAUUGAUGAGAAAGAUAUGGAGCCUUGUUGCUGGGCGAAUUAUACGCAACACCGUGAUGCUGAAGAGAACCUGAAGAACGUGCUUUAUGAAGGCACGUCGGAGGAGUGUGUAGCGGAUACCUCGUUUAUGCCUCAGCAAUCUGAGAUUGCUCGCCUAUGGAAGAAAAUACAACCGAAAGUAUGGGCCACUCUGGACGAAUCUCGUUCGUCCAAUAAAGCAAGGGCAA